AAAAAAGAUGCAGAAUCUUUGUUUACUUAGGCCCGUGGUUUCUAAGUACUAACUUUUUAGUACGUUCAUUUCUUGACUCAAAGUGAAAAUGGGAAUUCACCCUUUUCUCUUUUUUCCUGCCCAAUGUGCAGAUGGGGCACAUUUUCUUUCACUCCAUCAAUCCCUGCCCCCCCACGCACAAGCCUGCAUACAUGCACCUAGCCAGUGGAAAAGAAAAAAGGGUUACUCAUUAAUCCAUUCUACAAAGCUUUCCAAACUGAAAUGGGUGGGUUCUCCAUCUCCAGCAGGGAGCAAUAUAUAGGUAGGUGCAGAGUUUACCUGAGCACAGCUCAAACUGGAGUGUUACACUUGAACAGCACAGCUUUGCUCCUGGCACAUUUUAAAACAGAACUCAUCAGGAUGAAGAGGAUGAUUAUUUUCUGCAUGCUUUUCUUCUGCUCCACUAUGAUGCUGACUGCAGCUUCACCCAGAACAUUAAAAUACAAACAGAUUAAAAAGAAAAUUGAAGACUUACAAACAAUGGUGAAAGACAAGGAUGCUGAAUUGCUGCAUACACCAGAAAACUUUGUGGAGGGAUGCCUGUCCACAGCUGUGACCUGCUUCAAGAAGGGCGUCCAGAAAUUACAACCAGCGAGCAGCCAAGAUAAGGGGGCGUUCCACAAAGCCAUCAGAAUUGUGAGCAGAUUUACCUACAGAGACUCUGGAGAGCACUGUGAGUCCAAUGAGACGAAAACAUGUGAAUCUUAUGAGAAGAAAAGCCCCAAAGAAUUUUUGAAGAGCUUUGAAAAUCUUAUGCAAAUGCUUUACAAGAACUGA